CGGAACCCGUAGCUGGGCUGCGACGAGGGAGGUGCCGGAGCGAGUGCGCCUGCGCAGAGGCGAACACGUGGCCGCUCGCUGGCCUUGCUGGGAGCCUCAGAGGGACGGGCCUGGUCUGGCCUGGCGCGAGGGAAGCGGAGCCAUGGCGGCAGCGGCGGCGGCGGGAGACGCGACCUGCGGCUGCGGGGAAGAGGCCUCGAUUCCCGCCGGCGGCGGCGUCGUCUUCGUGGCGGGGACGCCGUGCGCCUUCUCCCCCCGCGAGCGGCGCCUCCUGGCGCUCUCGGGCCCGGAUGGGAGGCUCCGCGUGUGGGAGACCGACACCAGCAGCCUCCGCCGCCCGCACCGCGAGUACGUGCCCUCGGCCCACCUCAGCGCCGCCUGCACCUGCCUGGCCUGGGCCCCGCCGAGCGGGCGCCGCUCCUCGCCCGCCAAGGAGGGCCCGCAGAGAAAGAAGAGGAAAUCUGAAGCAGUAGAAGCAGGUGAACAGUUAGAUCUUUUGGCUAUUGGUACCGCAGAUGGCAGCAUUUUAUUAUACAGCACAAUAAAAGGAGAAUUACAGAGCAAAUUAAGUGGCCAUGACAAUAAAGUUAACUGUGUACGGUGGCACCAGGACAAUGGUUGCUUGUAUAGCUGUUCAGAUGACAAAAAUAUCGUGGAAUGGAACAUACGGACGUGCAAAGUAAAAUGCAAAUGGAAAGGAGAUAACAGCAGUGUGAGCUCACUGUGCAUCAGUCCUGAUGGAAGGAUGCUUCUUUCAGCUGGUCGAUCUAUCAAAUUGUGGGACUUGGAGACCAAAGAAGUCUACAGACAUUUCACAGGACAUGCUACAGCAGUUUCAACGCUUAUGUUCAUCACAGAACGGCCUCUGAAUGAAAACCAGCCCUUUGAUGGAAUUACAGGGCUCUAUUUCUUAUCUGGAGCAGUGCAUGACCGGUUACUCAGUGUGUGGCAGGUGAGAUCAGACAGGAAAGAAAAGAACGCCGUGAUGAAUUUCACAGUAACAGAUGAACCAAUUCAUAUUGAUGUGACGAUAUCAGAAAGCAAAGAGGAGCCAGUGAAACUAGCAGUUGUAUGCAGAGAUGGGCAGUUGCAUGUAUUUGAGCAGGUUUUAAAUGGAUACUGCAAAAAACCAUUGACAUCGAAAUGCACAAUCCAGAUAGCCACACCUGGAGAUAGUAGUGAUUCCACGCCAAAACCAGUCCCUAUUUUAGCAGCGGCAUUUUGUCCAGAUAAGGCAUCAUUGCUCCUUGUCUAUGGCAACUCCUUACAGCCUGUUCUUGAGAGAGUGUCUUUGAAUAGUUCAGAACCACAGAUGUGCUUAGUAAGAGACAUUCAGAAGACUCUGACACUUAAAACAGAAAUGGCUGUCACAAAGGUAAAGACUCCUAUCAUCAGUUCAGAAGUCAAAACAUUAGUGCCUGGAAUUCCUGGACAUAGUGCAGCUGUCCAAGCUACAUCUUUCAGGAAAAAAAUGGAAACAAAACGGAAACCAGGUGGUAAAGAGGAGAGCAUUGAAGACCGCCUUGGUGCAAUGGAUAUUGAUGGGAUGAAAGUGAAACAGUCAUCAGGAGAGCUUCCUCAGAUUGACAAUUUUGCAGUGCUUUUGGUCCAAGGCUUGGAAAGCAAUGAUGCUGAAAUUUUAAACAAAGUGCUUCAGACCAGGAAGGAUGCAGUAAUAAAGAAAACAGUAGCCCGAAUGCCUGUGCAUGCUGUCAUUCCACUGCUACAUGAGCUCACAAAAAGGCUACAAGGUCACCCGUACAGUGCCUCACAAAUGGUUCGAUGGCUGAAGCCUGUUUUGACUAUACACACAUCAUACCUUUCAACAUUGCCGGAUCUGGUCCCUCAGCUGGGAAUGCUGUAUCAGUUGAUGGAGAGCAGAGUGAAGACAUUGCAGAAACUGUCUCGUUUGCAUGGGAAACUCUAUCUUAUUAUUACCCAGGUUGCAGCUUUGAAAAACGCACAGGAUGGGCCUGAGGUUGACCAGACUGCAAAGCUGGUAUAUGAGGAAGAAUCAUCAGAAGAAAGUUCAGAGGAUGAGAUGGUGGCAGAAAAAGACUCAGAUGAGAAUUGGGAUGAAGAGGAUGAGGAAGAAGAUGAGAAGAACAGUGGAAGAGACGAAUUAUCAGAUAAGGAAGAGGAGAUGGCCGUAGAUAAAGAAAUCAAUGGUGAAUCAGAUUUGGACCCAGAAAAUGAAAGUGAAGAAGAAUAGCAUUAAAUUUUCAAAAGCCGAUUGGAGCUGGCCACCAAAAUGAUUAAUUUCUGGAUUGCCAUGCUGGAAACUGCUUGCAUCACACAAGGGAAUGCAGACUUGAUACCUGGCCAGCAUAUUAGGACACUCUGUUCCCAACUCCAGAAUGUGUAAUAACAAUGCCAGCCUUCUUGAUUCUUAUGGCCUGAGUUUCCUGGGAUCAUGGUGAAAUAUUUCUCUUCUGCAUAGUUGGCACGUUGCCCUUUUACUUGGACAUUUAUUUUGCAUCUCAAGUGAAAUGGUUUACCAAGGCCUUUUGGAUGGCAAACUUGCUGCAGCUUUGUUUAUCAGUUCCAAAUUCUGGAGGGAAGACCACUCUGUCUCUUCUUGACCUUCUUUGGUUACUUCCUUUUCAAGUUGGCAUCUUGCUACAUUUUUUUUGGAAGAGAAUAAAUAUUUUUGUAAGACCUAAAACAUCCUGUUGGAUUUUCUUGAUAGUUCUUCCUUUUAUCCUCUUUUUGCAGGUCCAUUCCUUCAUAACAGAAUUAUUCAUGCCUUGGUAGCGAUAACAGUGCUAACAAGGUUGAAAACAGCAUAUUCUUUUUAAAACCAAACUGAUUUUUUUAUGUGCGUGUGCAGAUCAGACACUUCUUGUACUUCCAAAAAGACUCAAUGAUGGUUCCGGACUUUUUGUUUUAAUAGCGCUUGUACAUAAGUCACUUCUGACUGAGAAAAUGUUCUGUCUUUGGUACAGUAAAUAAUAACAAUGGCCACAAAAUAAUUAUAAUAAUGAAAGGGGGGCAGAGGCUUGUGAAUAAUGUAACACAAAAGCAUACUGCAUUUAUUAUCCAUUUUUAAUCUUAGCGGGAGAACAUGGGAUGUUAUUAAUGCAGUCAAGAUGAAAUGGUAUGAACAGUUUUUAAGAACGAGGUUUUGAGCCAUUCACCAGUAAAAUGUACAGUUAUAUUUGUUUAUAAUUGGAGCUGUUGCAACCAAAUACUGCCCUCCUUUGUAAAGUGAAUAAAUAUACCUUACCUUUAUCAAGAA